AAAAAAUAGGAUGUCAAAAUCAUUCGUAAACAAACAUUUCGUUUUGCUUAAUAAAUUCUAAAUUUUUGAUGAUUUUACAUAAAUACAAGUUUCAUAUAUAAAAUUAUGGAAGUAAUUGUUAAUACUGAAGCGGCUACCAGCGAAGUCGAGGAAGAAGAGGAGCCAUCCCCCCCAGAACCAGUGGUAGUCCCUCAAAUAGGUACCAUAGAGUACCUAUACUAUUGGGGUUUGAUCGAGGGUCAUCUGCCAACGCCUAUAGAUGUGUCUAUAACUGGCUCGAUGCGCUAUGCAUGCCCCCCUCUGGUCUGGUACAACUUCGACGUCUUCCCACAGAAGAUUAAGAUUACCAAUACUGGUUAUACGGUGCUAAUCGGCGCCAAGUGGAAGACUGAGAGGCCGUACCUAGAAGGCGGUCCUCUCCUGGACAAGCACGUGCUGUCCCAGAUCCACUUCCACUGGGGAGCCACCAUGAUGGAGGGCAGCGACCACACCGUCGACCAGGAGACACACCCUGCUGAAAUGCAGGUGACGUUCUUCAGAUCGGAGUAUUUAACGCAAGAAGAAGCCCUUAAGCAUCAUGACGGUGUCGUCAUGGUCUGCUAUUUAAUAAAGUACGGGGUGACAGCGGACGAGCGCCUCAGCUGGAUCGUCGAUGAAUUCCCGCGCAUCCAGGAGGCUCAGACGAGCAUCCGCAUGGACCCCCGACCCCUGUCACACCUGCUGCCCAUGUUCCACGAAGACUACUUCCUGUACUGGGGCAGGCUGCACACGGUUCGAGGGGAUGAAUACGCGGUGAGAUGGCUCGUGCCACGGACGUCACUCUAUGCUUCGUACGAACAGAUCGGUGAAUUUAGAAAACUCUGGGACCCCUGGGAUGAGCCCUUACUCCGGAACUUCAGAGAACUUCAAGAAAGGGAAGACAGGCACAUAUUCUUCAUCAGCCCUCACUAUAACCAGUACAGGUCAUUAUUGCCAAUCCCGAGGAUACCAGAAGAAUCUAUCUCUAUACUCUCUCCUGCUUACCAAGCCAAUCCUUGGAUGCUACCUCCUGAAAAUGCUUACAUGUUAGAACAGCCUGAAGUAGUUGAAGAAGAAAAAGAAGAUGAAGAUGAUGAUUUGUCUAGAUAGAUGCUUUUUGUCCGUUUUACAUGUUCUUACCUAAUUCUUGUUAAAAUACGGCAUGCAACAUAAAAAUCUAAUACGA